AUGGAGCCCCUACAGAAGAAGAAGUUUAUUGACAAAUAUAGAAGAAGGUUAGGAAUGGAGGCAGCAAUUUCUAAUGUGAAUGGGAAGAUUUGGUUAUUCUUUGAUUCUGUGGUUGAAUGGGACUUGUUGAUUGACACUGAGCAACAAAUGACAAUCAGAGUAUACCAUCAAGACUUGGGUAAGUAUAUUAUGAUGACCUUUGUUUAUGCUAAGUGUUGUGCAUUAGAGAGGUUAGAACUGUGGGACAAUCUCUAUUAUUUGGCUAGUGAUAUGAAAUUGCCAUGGCUUGUGGGGGGUGAUUUCAAUGUUGUCCUUGGAGAGGAAGAAAAGAUAGGUGGUUUACCAGUGUAUCCUCCUGAGUAUGAAGAUUUUGCAUUUUGUGUGAAUUCAUGUGGCCUUUUUGAUCUUGGCUAUAAGGGCAGUCCUUUUACUUGGUGGAAUGGUAGGCCAAAUGAGGAGUGCAUCUUUAAAAGAUUGGAUAGAAUUCUUGUGAAUAUGCCUUUUCAAACAUUGUUUCCAACAAUAGAAGUGGAGCACCUUAUUAGAACAGGAUCUGAUCAUGACCCACUAUUGAUGAGCUGUGGAGAGGAAGCAAUGAAGUUUGUAAAGCCAUUCAAAUUUCUGAACUUUUGGGCAAAACAUGAAUCAUUUCUAGAGGUGGUGAAGCAGAAUUGGAUUGCUGACUUUAUAGGGGAUCCAUUCCUGAUGUUCAAGCAGAAGUUGAAGAGGGUUAAAAUUGCUCUUUCAAAAUGGAGCAAACUAACUUAUGGUGAUAUUUUCAAGCAGCUUGCUAUCAGGGAGGAUGUGGUGAGGAUUAAGGAGAUGCUGUUUGAGGAAGAUCCAUCUACUGAGAAUAGAAUUGUACUUCAACAAGCUCAAGCUGAGUUGAAGAAGUACUUGAGCAUAGAAGAACAGUAUUGGAAGCAAAAGGUAGGUAUGACUUGGUUUGAAGAAGGUGAUAGAAACACAAGAUUCUUCCAUAAUUGUGUUAAUGGAAAGAAACAAAAGCUUCAAUUGAAAAGGAUUCAGAAUAGUGAUGGAGUAUGGAUUGAAUCUCAAGAGAGCUUUCUGAGGCUGCAGUUGAGUUUUUUCAGAAACAAUUCACUAAGGAAGGAGAUCCUAAUUAUUUUGAGUUGCUGA